AUGUCAAUUACAGAUGCUGUGAGUGAUGCCCUGGAGGCACGUCUAUUAGGUGCUUCUGCAAUUGAAACCGGUAUAAACACUUUGGAUACCGUUUUGUCCUUGCAAUAUAGACUGCAUUAUCACACUCUAGGUAAUGGUCUGGCAAAUGAUGUUGCUAGAGUACUGAAGAGUGAAUGUCGUAGAUUGCAAGUUGCUUUAGAUGGGUCAAUUGCCAUAGCAGGCGAUCCAGAAGCUUAUAGUAUUGUGGAAAAGACUUUGUUGAAUUGCUUAGCUGUAAUUGCUUACCAUCAAGGUGAUUCUGAAAGUUUACCUUUGCUUAAACAAGCUACUAAAUUGAAAAUUGGGAAAUCAAAGAGCUAUGCUGAAUUUUGGAAGUUAUUAGACCUCGAGAAUCUCUAUUAUCAGGGUUUAAUAAACAAAGAUCCCAAGGACCUAUACAUCUCUCAAUUAUUAAGAUAUAUUAAUGAAAUUCCACUGAUAUCACAUGGUUUAUUACAUAGUUAUCUUACACUAAUCGCAAGAAAAUUGAAAACUAUAUCAUUGAAUCAACUAUGUAAUGAUAUGAAGAGUCAAGCACCUUUUGUUUGUUAUUUGUAUUUACUAUCUACCUCAAAACCUUCGAAGGAUGAUGAUACGUUUUUCUUAAGUUUAGCUACUAAAAUCGUUAAUAAUGCAAAAUUCCCAUUAGCAUCACAAUCAAAUGAUUCAAAUUUAGAACAAUUACAUGUAUGUUUACAUCACUAUUUCGAAAUUGAAGGAUUAGAAUUUGCAACUGAAUGGAAUGACCUUAUCAUCUCUUCUCUUAAACGGACUUUCCAAAGUAAAAUUGUCGCAAGGUCUACAAUGAGUUUAAACGGGUUUAAUAACACUGAUGAUACAAUUCGUGAAUGUAUAUUAAGUUUUAACAAUUACCUUAAAUAUAGUGAUAAAGAAUUAGAAUUAACUAGUGAUACCCACGAUAUUUAUAAUGAUCCAAUAGCAAUCAUAGACGCAUUGACUAUCAUUUUACAAAGGACUACAGAGAGAGAUAAUAUUACAAAUAUUUUUGAUUUCGAACAUGUAACUGAAUUAUUACAAAUCAAUUUGAAAAAACUAUACUCCAAAUAUCAUUUGGGUCUCGUUGAACCUGCAAUUGCACAAAAAUACUUAUCCAAUAGCACUCGUUUGGUUUUACCUGUAACAAUAUCAUGUAUUUUGAUUAAAGCGUGGAGAACUCUUUAUAAUAUUAGGUCGGCAAGUCUGGAUUAUUUGAUAGCAAAUGAAUUACCAUCUUAUCUUUGUAAUUCCAUCUCCUUAGCAAUGACAAAUAAUAAUGGUAAUGAGAACCCAUAUCUUAGAGAUUUACAAUUCCAAUAUGCAUAUUGUUUAGCACAACAGAGACAAAUUGAAGCAUGUAUUGAAUACUUAGAGAAUGCCAUUUUAGAAGCAGUCCCCACUUUUUAUAAAGCUUGGCACUUAUUAGCAUUAUGUCGAUCUAUACAAGAGGAUAAAGAGAUAUCAUAUAAAAUUAUUUGUUCCGUAAUGAAUGCAAUGGAUCAAGAAUUUGCCUCAAUACAAUUCAAGAAUAUUUCACAAGAGAAUAAAUGGCAAUAUAUCCAUAUCAAGAUCACAGAAAUUCAUCUGAUCAAUGAAAUAUUUGGUACGGAUGAAGCCCUAGAGUCAUUACCAGAGUUGUUUACAUCAUAUCAUAAAUUGUUUGGGGAUUCACCCAAAGAUGAAAUAAAGGGACCAUUAAGUCGAUCUCCAGAAUACUUAUUACAAUCCAUAUGGUUACUAGCAGCACAAUUGUACAUGAACAAUGCAGAACAUUUUGAAGAUGCUAAAGGUGCUAUCAAAGAAGCUAAAGCUGUAUCCAACGAUUUUACAAAUGUCAAUAUCUCAAUUACAAACGGUCACCUGCUAUUUAAACUGGGUAAAUUUACUGAAUCCAUCAGUCAUUUUGAAGAUGCAUUACAUUGUGAUGACUUAAAUGUCGAUGCUAUUAUAGGGUUUGCAGCUUUUGUGUUCCCAAAUGACACAACAACAAGUGCCUCAGAACAACAACUUAUAGACUAUUGUAAAUUACAAAAUAGUGAGGAAGUAAAUGAAAAAAAUAAAUUUGCUGGUGACGAUUAUGAACUAUUCUGUGGAAAUGAUGUAAAUAAAUCUGCCGCUUUUGCUAGAUUAAAAUUAUUAAUAGAUUGUUCAUUAAAUAAAUCUAUUGAUGCUUAUUACUCCCCUGAGAUAUGGUGGUAUCUAUCGUUGAUACAUGAAAAGUAUGGUAACAAUGAGAUCAGUGAUACUUUAUUGAAUUGUAUUCAAAAUAAGGAAACCUGCCCGUUACGCUCAUUUAAAUUCUGUAAUUAUUAA